AUGCGCAACACGCUCAUCUUUGCGGGCAAUUCGUGCCCAGUUCUCACAAAGCAGAUUUGUGUGAACUUGGGCAUGCAACCGGCCGACGCAGAGCUGACUCAAUUCUCCAAUGGCGAGACGAGCGUGCGAAUUCUCACUAGUGUUCGAGAAAAGGAUGUCUUCGUCGUCCAGUCGGGUAGCCCCAAGAUCAACGACUCCAUCAUGGAGUUGCUCAUCAUGAUCAAUGCUUGCAAGGGUGGCUCGGCCAACAAGAUCACAGCGGUUUUGCCGUACUUCCCAUACAGCCGCCAGUCCAAGAAGAAGUCGCAUAGAGGCGCUAUCACUGCUCGCAUGCUGGCCAACCUGCUUAACGUGGCAGGCGUUAAGCACGUCAUCACGGUCGACCUGCACGCCUCGCAGAUGCAGGGCUUUUUUCGAUGCCCGGUUGAUAAUCUCCAUGCUGAGCCUAUCAUUGCCAACUGGAUCCGCCGCAACGUGCCACAGUGGAAGGAGGCCGUUGUCGUAUCGAAAAAUGCUGGUGGCACGAAGCGUGUGACGUCUCUUGCCGAUGCUCUCAAGCUGAACUUUGGUAUGGUAACUACUGACCGAAAACGGACUACCAACAUGUCUCAGAGCAUGAUCAUGAACCGCUUCGAUACCGAAGACCGUGCCCCUGCGUUGGAGACAUCGACCUCAGCCAGUAUCCGUCUCAAUCGUGAUGCGGAGGAGGUCUUUGCCUCUCAGCAAGCGCAGGCCAAGCAAGCAGUCAUCUCGGCUGACUCCCAAGGAUCACCUCAGCGGUCACACGCAGCUGCCGCGAGACUGGCAAGUGGGAACGUGACCCCAACUCGAAAUGGCAGCAUCACGCCGUCUUCCAACUCGACCGGCCAACCUGCUCAGGACGAAGAUGGCUAUGACGAUCAUAGGCCUCAAGAGGUUACUCGCGGAAGACUUGUUCACGGUCAUGUUGUUGAGGAUGAUUUCCCUUCCCCCGAACAGCAGCAAAGCGACGCCGAGGAGGACCCCAUGGCCAUGUCGCGUGCCUCUUCCUUUUUCGUUCCCGAAAAGCAGGCGCUUGGUGGAAGCAGUGAUCCCACUGCCAGUUCCGAUGAAGAGGACAAUGUCUACCAGGAUACCAAGACCGAGCACAUGAUUACCCUUGUGGGUGAUGUUAAGAACAAGACGGUCUUCAUUGUGGACGACAUGAUUGACAAGCCCGGAUCGUGGAUUGCCGCCGCUGAGACAGUCGUCAAGCGCGGCAGAGCCAAGAAGGUGUACUGCAUUGCCACCCAUGGUCUGUUUGGUGCGGACUGUCUGGAGCGGCUUCAGGCGUGCGAGUGCAUCGACUCGAUUGUUGUGACAAACAGUUUCCCCAUUAGCCAGGACCGAGUUAAGGGCAUCACCAAACUGGUUAUUCUCGACCUGUCGCAUCUUCUUUCGGAAGCCAUCAGACGCAACCACUACGGAGAGUCCAUCUCGCCUCUGUACCAGCACACGGACUAG